AUGUCUUGUGCAACACAAACAGUGACCUUCGAGUCCUCUUCUUCCAGCCGUGAAUCCAGUCCUGCGAGAAUCGAUGAACGCACCCAGCUCCUACCCCGAGGCCGCCGGCAUUCUUACAACACCCUUCCACGACGACGGCAGUCGAGCAUCUGCAACGCCGAUGCGAUCUUUGUGCGAGUUGAUCUGUUUCUGAGUGAGCUGAAAAGUAGGCUUGACAGACUAGAAAAAUAUCGACAAGACAGUCUCCUACAGUUUGAUGCUCAGCUGGAGCGAGCAUACCAAGCCCUGAGCGAUGUACGGGAUUCAUGCGCACCUUCUCUUUCCGGUGAACUGCUGUGGGGUGCUGCAAGGCACCGGGCUCUGAUUCUGGUCGAUACUCUGGAGACGCGGUACAACGACAUCAUGCCGUCAAGGGAAACUUUGGAGCACAAAGCACAAGAAGGCAUGCGGGUGAUGGAGUGCUUCCUUUUAGAAUUGGAGUCACGGAUGCUGGAAAGGAAGAAACAGUUGAUUGACUCGGGAUGGAGGAAGGUCGACGACUCUCUCAAUGCUACCCGAGAGAUGCUAGAGGAUGGUCUCGACAAAGCGCUGCGGGCGAGAGACUUGCUCGCCGAAUCCGUCUCCCACGCUCUGACCCGAGCUGCGGAGACAAGGUUGAUCCAUUACGAAGAUCUCCCCACGCCCUGGAGGAAUAACCCUCAUAUCCUGAAGGGUUACCGAUUCAAUAAGACACAGCUUGAAUGCGUCACCACCAUGUUUCACGCGCACAAUGAGAUGGUCAACAUUUGGUCUCACACCAUCGGCUUGCUGAUUGUUCUUACCGUGGCUUUUUACUACUAUCCUUCCUCGUCGACAUUUCCCCUCUCGACCAAAAUGGAUGUUCUGAUAGCGGCCUGUUUCUUUGCCGCCGCCUGCAAGUGCAUGAUCUGCUCCACAAUGUGGCACACCAUGAACAGCAUCUCGGACAAACGACUGUUCGAUCGAUUCGCUUGCGUCGACUAUACUGGCAUUUCUCUUCUGGUGGCAGCGAGCAUCCUCAGCACCGAGUGGACGGCCUUUUACUGCGAACCCAUCUCGCGGGCGAUUUAUAUGACUCUGACAACGGCGCUGGGAAUAGCUGGAGCGAUCCUGCCGUGGCGCGAGAGUUUCAAUCGAGUCGAUAUGGCUUGGUUCCGGGUGGCGUUCUUCGUGACGUUUGUCGUGGUUGGAUUCGCCCCCGUGCUGCAACUGAACUACACGCGAGGGGCGGCUUGGACCUUCUAUUUUUACGCACCCGUUGCGAAAAGUAUCAUGGUAUACUUCACGGGAGCUGUCAUCUAUGCAAGCCAAGUGCCUGAAAAGUGGUGGCCUGGGUCUUUCGAUUACAUUGGAUGCAGUCACAAUAUCUGGCAUGUGGCCGUGGUCCUAGGAAUUAUCUUUCACUAUUUUGCCAUGUUAGACUUCUUCCAGGGAGCAUUCACCCGUGCGAGCGAUGGUUGUUGCUUGGGUUGA